CAGGGGGACCCGGUGCGGAAGGGGCCCGGCCCGGCCCGGCCCGGUCGCGAACAAAGCGGGCGGCGGCGCGGCGGGCCCGGCAUGGCGGCGCGGCGGGCCCGGCUCCGCCUCUGGCUGCUUCUGUGCGUCCUGCCGCAGGUGUGCUGUGAGUAUGGGAUGGUGCAUGUCCUCCCAGAGAAGGGGAGCAGCAAAGGAAAGGACUACUGCAUCCUCUUCAACUCCCAGUGGGCUCAUCUGCCACAUGACCUGGGCAAGGCUUCCCUCUUGCAGCUGCAGGAUCAGACAGCCUCAGUCCUGUGCUCUCCCUCUGAUGUCCCUGAUGGGGGCUUCAACAACCAGAUCCCCAUGGUGAUGAGAGGCAACUGCACCUUCUAUGAGAAAGUGAGGCUGGCUCAGAUCAAUGGAGCUCGUGGGCUGCUGAUAGUCAGCAGGGAGAGGCUGGUCCCUCCUGGGGGCAACAGGAGUCAGUAUGAAGAGAUUGAUAUCCCUGUGGCUCUGCUCAGCUACACUGACAUGCUGGAUAUUGGCAAGAGCUUUGGCAGCUCGGUGAAAGGAGCUCUGUAUGCCCCCAACGAGCCUGUGCUGGACUACAACAUGGUGAUCAUCUUUGUCAUGGCUGUGGGCACUGUUGCCAUUGGAGGCUACUGGGCAGGAAGCAGAGAUGUCAAAAAGCGCUACAUGAAGCACAAGCGUGACGACGGGGCCGAGAAGCACGACGACGAGACCGUGGACGUGACUCCCAUCAUGAUCUGUGUCUUUGUGGUGAUGUGCUGCUCCAUGCUGGUCCUCCUCUAUUUCUUCUAUGACCACUUAGUCUAUGUCAUCAUAGGAAUCUUCUGCCUGGCUGCCUCCAUCGGGCUCUACAGCUGCCUCUCGCCCUUCGUCCGCAGAUUGCCCCUGGGGAAGUGCAGGGUGCCAGACAACAACCUGCCUUACUUCCACAAGCGGCCGCAGGUCCGCAUGCUGCUGCUGGCCGCCUUCUGCGUCUCCCUCAGCGUCCUCUGGGGAGUCUUCAGGAACGAGGAUCAGUGGGCCUGGGUGCUGCAGGAUGCUCUGGGCAUCGCUUUCUGCCUCUACAUGCUGAAAACCAUUCGCCUGCCCACCUUCAAGGGCUGCACCUUGCUCCUCCUGGUCCUUUUUGUCUAUGAUGUGUUCUUUGUUUUCAUCACCCCUUUUCUAACCAAGACUGGGGAGAGCAUCAUGGUGGAGGUGGCUGCAGGCCCAUCUGAUUCUGCCACCCAUGAGAAGCUCCCGAUGGUCCUGAAGGUGCCGCGCCUGAACUCCUCGCCCCUGGCUCUCUGUGACAGGCCUUUCUCCCUCCUGGGGUUUGGAGACAUCCUAGUUCCAGGCUUGCUGGUAGCCUACUGCCAUAGGUUUGACAUCCAGGUGCAGUCAUCCAGAGUCUAUUUUGUAGCCUGCACAAUAGGCUAUGGCAUCGGGCUCCUGGUGACCUUCGUGGCCUUGGCACUGAUGCAGAUGGGCCAGCCUGCCCUGCUCUACCUGGUGCCCUGCACUCUGCUCACCAGCUUUGCUGUGGCCCUCUGGAGGAAGGAGCUGGGCAUGUUCUGGACGGGCAGCGGCUUUGCGAAAGACCUACCUCAGCCUCCCUUGGUGAUAGCUCCUGUCAGCUGCCCUGAGCCUCCCAAAGACAGCACCACACCAGCCCCCCAGCAGGACCCAGAGCAACUGACCAACCCCACCCUCCAUGUGAAGGAGCUGCAAGGCCCCAGCUCAGCUGCAGAGGAGCUGCCUGAUGGCAGCACAAAGAGGGACCAGCCUGAAGCCUGCGUGGCACAGAGUGGGGACCCAGCUGGGCAGACCCAGGGCACCCUGCAAAGUCAAGGCCCAGCUGCAGAGGAAAAGCAGCUGGAAUGAACUGUGCUGAGAACUCUUUUUUUCCCCCCUUCUCCCAACCAUAUCCAUGUCCACCCAGGGUGUAUUUAGGACUGGUUUAGUUGUGUCUGCAUUCAGUGAGGAGCCUCCUGGGGAGGAGUCGUCAUUAAACCCAGCCACGAAUGUUCUGCCUCCAGCUUCAGUCCAGCUACACACUUCAACCAUCCUCUGAAAUAUGGUGCUGCUCUCAAGGGGUCUGCUGGCUGCAUCUCACCCAUGGCUUCAGCUGGGGAUGCCUCUGGUCCCUUUCCAUCCCUCCAGGGGCUGGAUUUCAGCACAGGCCUCUGUGUGGCUGUUUGGCUGCUUUGGCACAGCGCAGGUCGGUGAGGAGGAGAAGCAUUGAACACUGCUGCAGUGCUUGGCUGAGAGCAACAGGACAGGGGGGGCUCAGCACUUCCCCUCUGCUCACCUCUUACUUUCCUCUUCCCUACUUGUCAAAGCCAUUGAUCCAAGGGAAUGCUUUAGUCCAAACAACUGACCUGCAGGAGCUAGGUUGGAGCUAAGAUGACCCUUGAGGUCCCUUCCGACCCUGCCACUGCUCUGAUGCUAUGACUGCAGAGGAUGGUUCCACUGCCAGCCUCUGUGCAAGGAUUUCUCCACCAGGAGGUGCAUUAAAUGCAUCUCUUAACUUUGCUGUCUUUGGUUUUACUUCCAGCUACCUGGGCUGGCUGCCAGUCUGGUGCAAAAGGCAGGGUGGCUGGAGCUGCAAGGAAGCUUUCUGAGCACUUGGGUGAGCUCUGGGGCCUGUCUGAGAGCAAACAGUGCCUGGCCCAGGGCACUGUGUGGAAGCAAAGAGCAUCUUACAAAACGUUUCAUGUUUUAGAUGUAAGGUGCAAGGCCAGGAGGUAAGCAAGCAGGCAGCAGAGCUACCCUAAGCUGAGCAGGCAGAUGCUGGGGGGAUGUUAAAGCAGGAAGGGUUCACCUGUGGGAGGCUUUGGAACCCCUCUGGUUGGUUGCUUUGAGGACUGGGAUUCUGCUUUGUGAUUCUGAAGCCAGGUCUGCUGCUGUUGGCAUUGCCAGGGGAGCCCCCAGGGUGCUAUGGAGUCAGUUGUUGAAGCUGCUCAGUACCUGA